AUGAAGACAUUAGUCGAAGUUAUGAAGGAACGCACGUCGACACUAAAGGCCGAACUAAAAUCCCUCCAGGUGACACUCCAAAAACUUCGUUCCAUGCCAACUGCAGAUGAUCUCAAGUCUGAAGUGGACACCCUACAACGGGAAGUCACAGACCUACGCAGCCGUCUUGAGCCUUUGCGUAGUGGCGAUGUGAAACCGAUAUCAGCUGAGGAGAAGCAAAAGGUGCAGAUGGAAGCAAAGAAGAUGCAAGGGUUGUGGACCGCUAGGAAGAGGUGGUCGAAGGAGUUCUUCGAAGCUGUUGCAGAUGGUCUAGGCGGUGAUGUCAAUCCCAAGGAUCUGAAGGUGAGUUAUACCCACCCUUUCAUACAUAGUAUGAGUGCAUGCCUUAUCCCUCGCGUCCCACGGCCUUCGAUUGCGAUUCUUUGCAAGGGGCUUCCUAUUCAACUACCUUGUCUCGGCGUGGGAUAUGCCUUAGUCCAAGACAACGAAUCACUUUGCCCAGAGGAUGCAUCAAGUAUAGUGUCCACAACCCGAAACAUUUCGAUUAUCGAGGUUUCACCGCAUUUGAUACAUACGAACAGUCUCAUUCACCCAGAGCCAGCACUUUUCCUUUACUAUCACGCUCACCAGGUUAAUAAUCGGCCCAUGGAGCUUUCCGGCGACUUGGUUAUUUUGUGCCACGGGAAACACACCACCAUCCCUUGUCCCGGAUUUACGAUUAUCCCACCAACCUUCAACAUCACCAAUCACGGCCCUUUUUCUCACUUUCAUAACCUAUCGGCCCCUCUUCUCUUCCCCCAUUCUUCAUUUAUCCUGCUGAAUGUAUCAGCCCUUUCUUAA